AGAUCCACUAUUAUAUAUUCAGACGAUGCCUCUAUGAGGCGUUAGAGCACAACAAAUCCCAAAACUUGCUAGCUAGUAAAAUCAUGGAAAUUUUUUCAUCCUCAGAAACUCUUCUCCUCUCUUCGUUUUCAUGCAUCGUUAUAGUGAUUUUUAUUUGUAUGAAAUGGAUUUUAUUUGAUUCGAGGAAUAGGAAGAACAUACCACCAUCUCCACAAAAACUUCCAAUAAUCGGAAACAUCCACCACCUAGGCUCAAGCCCUAAUCGCAACCUCCAAAUAUUGUCCCAAAAAUACGGUCCACUCAUUCUCCUUCGUCUAGGGAGCAUCCCUACUCUUGUAGCAUCCUCCGCUGAAGCAGCCCAUGAGAUCAUGAAAACUCAUGACCUCUCAUUUUGUAGUCGACCUAGUAUAUUUGCGCCCAAUAUAUUGCUCUAUGGUUCUAAGAGCAUCGUCUUCUCCCCUUAUGGGGAAUAUUGGAGGCGGUUGAAGAGCCUCGUGGUGCUCAAGCUUUUAAGUAACAUACGAGUUAAGUCAUACAAAAAAGUGAGAGAAAAUGAGAUAGUUCAUAUGAUUCAGAUGCUCAGAGAGAGUUGUGGGACAACGAUUGAUAUGGGGUCGAUGUUUACUUCACUAACAAAUAACAUAAUUAGUAGGAUUGCCCUCGGAAGGAAACUUGAUGGACCAAAGUACCAGAAAUUAUUGAGGGAGUUUGUGGAUAUGUUUAGUGUUUUUUGUAUUGGUAAUUAUUUUCCAUGGUUAUCAUGGGUAGAUCAAGUCACUGGUACGGUACGUAGAGCAAAAAAAAUAGCUAAAGAAUUUGAUGAGUUUCUUGAAAGCAUUAUAGAAGAACAUGUAAACAAGAAGAAAGGGGAGGAUGCUAAUAGUAAUGAAGAAGGAGAAGACUUCGUUGACAUUUUACUAGAUCUACAAAAAGAUAACACAUCUGCCUUUGCCCUUCAAAGAGAUACUCUUAAAGCUCUCAUCAUGGAGGCGUUUGCAGCUGGAACUGAAACUACACAAACCAGUCUAGAGUGGGCAAUGAGUGAGCUAAUAAGAAACCCAAGAGUUAUGAAAAAGCUCCAACAAGAAGUAACGGAAAUAGCACAAGGAAGAUCCAUGAUUUCCGAGGAGGACUUGGAAAGAAUGUCCUAUCUUAAAGCUGUCGUAAAAGAGUCUUUGCGAUUGCAUACUCCAUUCCCACUGCUUCUUCCACGAGAAUCAGUGCAAGAUGUAAAACUAAUGGGGUUUGAUAUUGCAGCAGGAACACAAGUGAUUAUCAAUGCUUGGGCAAUAGCAAGAGAUCCUUCCUUGUGGGAAGAACCAAAUGAGUUUAGGCCUGAGAGGUUCUUAAACAAUUCUAUUAACUAUCAAGGGUUGCAUUUUGAAUGGAUUCCAUUUGGUGCUGGCCGAAGAUCAUGCCCUGGUAUUCAAUUUAGUGUACCUGUUAUGGAGCUUGCAUUAGCAAAUAUUGUUUACAAGUUUGAUAUCGUGUUACCAAAUGGGAUAAAAAGUGAGGAUUUGGACAUGACCGAGGCAUUUGGUAUCACCAUCCACAGGAAGUCCUCUCUCAUAGUUUCGGUUAGUCCUCGAUUCUAGUUGUUUAUCUUGUUAUGUAAACUUCCAUUAAGCUGAACUAUCAUGUAAUGUACUACUUAAUUUGUGGGCUCAAGAAAUAAAACUAAUGUUCAUGUAUGACUUUCA